GCGCGCUCGCUCGGGUCACUCGACGUUCGUUUGGGCGGGCCUGAGCGCGCGAGCGAGCACGCGCUCCGAAGGAGGAAUGGAGGGGGAACCGUAAGCGGCAGCGUUAGCGAGCCUCCAGCAGACCUGUAAUCCCGACGAGAGAAUUUAGCUAAGAAAAUUCAACAAAAGCACCGCAGUUUUUUUCUUCUUCUUCUUACCCCCUAUUCGGGACGCUUACAAGAGGAGAACCCGACCGCGCUAGAUACCACACUAUAUGGAAAGCGACGCCGCGACUGAGAAUGUGAAAGCUUCGGGACUCCGUGGGAACAAACAAAAAGGAGCACGCGCCGACAAUAAACAACACUCUCCGACAAGUGCGACUUCUGUCGAGUGAAGAGGGGCCAGGAAAAGGGGCAGAAAAAUCGCCAGCCGCCUCUGCUCACAUACUUCAACUCGUAACGUUUUGUUAUUCCGCGUCGCCCCGAACUUAUAACUCAAAAAAGAAACAAUGAAGACGUAAAACUUUCCUUUCCAGCGUAACGUCGUUAGCUAGCAGGCUAGAGCUAGCCGUUUUCCCUGCUCCGCCGGGGGGAUGUUUGUGCGCUCAUGUCGCACAAUUUGAAUUGACGACUCAUUCCUCAAGUUGAAACUUUUAUUUCCACUAGUAGACGGUGCAUAAGACUGGCGGGGGAGGACGUAUCCCUUCCGGACUUGACCACUCUGUAUUGUUAAAUGAUGGCCACGCAGGUCAGCGGCGAGGAGGCGCGUUCGGUUGCGGCGAGGACCCGGGUUACAGGCGGUCGAGGCCCCGACGCUGCGGCCCCUUUCUCGUUUUAUCACCAGCCCACAGAGCGACUGAGUGAGCCGGCCUCGGAAACAGGUCAGAGCGGCCGACACCCAUCCGACACGUCCCCCGAGUCCCCCUGCGACACGAUGCUCAGCGUGCUCCCCGAAGGCGACCUGCCGAGCUCUGCCUUGUCCUCUGGGAGUGGCAGCGGCGUCGGUAGCGGGGCGUCCUAUUCGCCCACUUCGGAAGGACCGAGCAGUCAGAUGUCGCCCAUCUCAGUGGGUCCGGACGGGCCCUCCGGAUUUGCCCCUCUGCCGCCGCCGCCGCCGCCGCCCCCUCCUGUCUACGGGGCCCAGGGCACCGUUGAUGAGAGCGACACGCUGGACGGCCAGGAGUGCGAAGAAGAAGAAGUCGCCUUCCCUCUUACAGCACCGCCCACAAACCAGUGGUACCAUGGGAAAUUGGACCGGACCAUAGCAGAGGAGCGCCUGCGGCAGGCAAGGACACCGGGCAGCUACCUCAUCAGAGAGAGUGACCGUCGACCUGGCUCCUUUGUGUUGUCCUUCCUCAGCAUGACCAAUGUUGUUAACCAUUUCAGGAUAAUUGCAAUGUGUGGUGACUAUUAUAUUGGAGGGCGACGGUUCUCGUCCCUUUCCGACUUGAUCGGCUACUACAGCUAUGUGUCCUGUUUGCUGAAAGGAGAAAAGCUGCAAUCUCCAGUGGCUCCUCCGGAGCCUGUGGAAGAUAGACGAAGAGUACGAGCUAUCCUCCCAUACACCAAAGUGCCAGACACUGAUGAGAUCAGUUUCCUUAAAGGGGACAUGUUUAUUGUUCACAAUGAACUUGAUGAUGGAUGGAUGUGGGUAACCAAUGUUCGGACUGACGAACAGGGCCUUAUUGUCGAGGACCUGGUGGAGGAGGUGGGACGUGAAGAAGAUCCACAUGAGGGCAAAGUCUGGUAUCAUGGGAAGAUCAGCAAGCAGGAAGCAUACAACCUGCUGAUGACAGUUGGUCAAGUAUGUGGCUUUCUGGUCAGACCAUCAGACAACACGCCAGGGGAUUACUCUCUCUUUUUUCGCACCAAUGAAAACAUCCAAAGGUUUAAAAUAUGCCCAACUCCCAACAAUCAGUUCAUGAUGGGAGGAAGGUACUACAACAGUAUUGAUGACAUAAUUGACCAUUACAGAAAAGAGCAGAUUGUGGAAGGGUAUAAUCUGAAAGAUGCUGUAGCAGUCCAGCACCAACAAGUACUCACUGACGUGGAUGGAAAAGAAAUCUACAAUACGAUUCGCAGAAAGCCAAAGGAUGCAUUCUACAAAAACAUUGUGAAGAAAGGCUACCUCCAAUUCAAUAAAGGCAAAGGAAAACGAUGGAAAAACCUCUACUUUAUCUUAGAGGGGAAUGAUGCUCAGCUCAUCUACUUUGAGAGUGAGAAGCGAGCCACAAAGCCCAAAGGAUUAAUAGACCUAAGUGUGUGCUCUGUAUAUGGUGUGCAUGACAGCUUGUUUGGCAGGCCAAACUGUUUCCAAGUUGUAGUUCAGCACUUUAGUGAAGAGCAGUACAUCUUCUACUUUGCAGGUGCCACUCUUGAACAAGCACAGGACUGGAUGAAAUGUCUGCAGUCAUUCUGCAGCAAUCUGAGAAAACCAACACAGCCCACCUCUAACAAACGUCUCCGACAGGUCAGCAGCUUACUGCUUUAUGUGGAGGAGGCCCAUAAACUUCCAGUGAAACAUUUUACAAAUCCUUAUUGCAACAUCUACUUAAAUAGUGUACAAGUGGCAAAGACCCAUCCCAGAGAAGGACAGAACCCUGUGUUUACAGAGGAAUUCAUCUUUGAUGACUUGUCCAGUGAAAUCAACAGAUUUGAAAUCAGCCUUAGCAAUAAGACAAAGAAAAGCAAAGAAAUUGACAUCUUGUUCAUGCGCUGUCAGCUCAGUCGGCUACAGAAGGGCCAGAUGAUUGACGAAUGGUUUCCUCUCAGCUCCCACAUCCCAUUGAAGGGUAUUGAGCCUGGCUCCCUUCGAGUCAAAGCUCGUUAUUCCAUGGAGAAGAUCAUGCCAGAAGAGGAGUACAGUGAGUUCAAGGAGCUCAUUCUUCAGAAGGACUUCCAUGUGAUCUACGCACUGGCUCAUGUAUGUGGGCAGGACCGCAGCCUUCUGGCCAGUAUUCUGCUGAGAAUAUUCAGGCACGAAAAGGCAGAGGCAUCUCUUCUGAGAACACUAAACGACAGAGAAAUAAGCAUGGAAGAUGAAGCUACAACACUGUUCCGUGCCACUACCCUGGCAAGCACACUCAUGGAGCAGUACAUGAAGGCUACAGCCAUACCAUUUGUUCACCAUGCUCUCAAAGAGACCAUUUUGAAGAUAAUGGAAAGCAAACAGUCCUGUGAGCUGAACCCUUCCAAACUGGAGAAGAAUGAAGAUGUUAACUUGAAUCUGGCACAUCUUCUGAACAUUCUGUCAGAGCUGGUGGAAAAAAUAUUCAUGGCAGCUGAAAUCCUUCCUCCGACCUUGAGAUUCAUUUAUGGAUGCUUGCAGAAAUCUGUAAAAGAGAAGUGGCCAACAAAUACAACAAUGAGGACCAGAGUUGUAAGUGGGUUUGUCUUCCUGCGACUGAUUUGCCCCGCAAUUCUCAGCCCAAGAAUGUUCAACAUAAUUUCUGAUCCCCCUUCCCCCACUGCUGGUCGAACCCUCACUUUAGUUGCAAAGUCUGUGCAAAACCUGGCAAACCUGGUUGAGUUUGGAGCCAAGGAGCCAUACAUGGAAGGUGUAAACCCUUUCAUCAAAAACAACAAGCAUCGGAUGAUCAUGUUCCUAGAUGAACUGGGGAAUAUCCCAGACCUCCCAGACACUACAGAGCACUUUAGGACUGACCUGUCCCGGGACCUUGCUGCCCUACAUGAAAUCUGUGCAACACAUUCAGAUGAGCUUCGGACCCUGAGCAACGAGAGGGGAGCACAGCAGCACGUGUUGAAAAAGCUUCUGGCAAUCACAUUACUCCUGCAGCAAAAACAGGUUCAAUAUUCAGUUUCCAACAGUAACAGGUAGUAGCCUUUCAGAGGAGUCCCAUUUGACACUUAGCAUGUUCCACCAAUGCUCCACCCUCAUCACCUUAGCAACCCAAGCCACACUUCCUGGCCCUGCCCUGUCAUUCUUUUCCAGUGCACCUCUGCAACAUUCCAGAGACACGAGCUAUGCAGCAACAACUGCAAACGAGAACAAAACCCUGGCUUUUUUCCCGCCACCUCUGACUUUUACAGCUGGAAUGCACAGGAAGUUGCUUUUUGUAUUUACAUUUAACUGUGCUGAUGGUUUUGUAGCUUGGGUACACAACUUUAUUGAAGCAGAGGGGUAAAUAAAGCUUAGUGCACCUAAGACUUGAGUAUUUUUUAACACAAGUUGCCAAAGUUGCCAGUGUAUUAUCUCUGCUCAUGAGGCAAGUUAGCUGACAUGAAGCUACAGCAAGCAUUUUAACUGGAUUAUGAGCUAUAAUGGUUUUUAUACUGUAAUUUGUGACCAGUUUUUGACUUACUCAAAUGCUGUAACUAGCUGUUUCCUAUCUAAAUGUCCUUUUGGUUUUGACAAUAUUAGAUAGGAAAGAUGAGUUGCAAAAAUGUUUUAUAUAACACAGAUUCUGCUGGAAUUACAAGCAUUUGUCCCUUCCCAAGUAGUCCUCAAAUUUUUUUUGUGUUCAGUCUUCCUGGAAAUUUCUCCAUGCCACACAAUACACAUAAUCAAAGAAAGAGGAGGGGUAACUUUGUAAAAUGUUUACAGCCAUAAAUUCUGACUAGAACAUUGUAUCAAAUUUGUGCACUUAUUAAAACUUUUUGUAAAUUAAA